UUGUCUGCCGCAAUGCCUAGGGUUUUCAUUCUAUACUUGCAAUCGAUACCUUUGAAUUUUCUAACACGCCAAACACUAUUAUCUGCGUAAUCUCUGAUAUGUUAUUAUCAUUAUUCAUGGACUUAAUUAAGUUGUAGGGGUUACGUUGUUGUUAUUCGCAGUCUCUUUUGAAGGUUGGUUUUUGUGUGUAUCUUUGUGGCUCUUACAUUCUGUGAGCUUCAAAAAUCAAAAGAAUGGCGACCAUGAACCCUUUUGACCUCCUCAACGAUGACGUUGAUGGCAACGAGGACACCACUCAACUCAUCGCGGCGGCCCAGAAGUUGGAGAAGACCAAGAAGCCGGCUCCUAUUACUCAGGUCCACCCUGCUAAGCCAGCUAAGUUACCCACCAAGCCGGCCCCACCAUCUCAAGCUGUGAGGGAGGCAAAGACUGAUCCUCAACGCGGUGGGGGCCGCGGUGGUGGAUUUUAUCGAGAUUCAAACAAUAAUAAUAGUAGCUUUGGCAACAACAAUGGCUUUGUCAGAGGAUACAGACCUUCCAAAGAGGGGGAUUCAGAGAAGCCCUCUGAAAAGCGUGAGCCCUCUGAAAGACAUAGCUAUAGCGGGUCUCGUGGCUCUUUCCGUGGGGGUCGUCACAGUGGUUUGACCAAUGGAGAAGCUGGAGAAGGGGAGCGUCCUCGCAGGAUAUAUGAACGUCAUAGUGGGACUGGACGCGGGAAUGCGUUCAAGCGUGAAGGGGCUGGUCGUGGUAACUGGGGAACAGCCUCUGAUGAAAUUUCUCCUGAUGCUGAAGAACCUACUGUUGAAACUGAGAAGAAUGCCAUUGCUAAGAAGCAGCCAGGAGAGGAAGAUGCUGCUGAUGUUAAGGAGGAGAAUCCUGUGCACAAGCCAGAAGAGAAAGAGCCGGAUGAGAAGGAGAUGACUUUGGAGGAGUAUGAGAAGCUAUUGGAAGAGAAGAGAAAGACUCUACUUACUCUCAAGACUGAGGAGAGGAAAGUUGAUGCGGACAAAGAGUUUGGGUCCAUGCAACCGCUUUCAAACAAGAAGAAUAAUGUCGACAUUUUCAUCCAACUGGGUCCUGAGAAGGACAAAGGUAAAGACACUGCUGAUAAGGAAGAGAAAGCCAAGAAGUCUGUGAGCAUAAAUGAGUUUCUGAAGCCUGCUGAAGGAGAGAGGUACUACAAUCCUGGUGGUCGUGGCCGAGGGCGGGGUCGUAGAGGGGGCCUUGGAGGAGGCAGCUUCUCAAGCAAUUUUGAAGCUCCUUCAAUUGAGGAUCCUGGGCAGUUUCCUUCUUUGGGUUCUAACUUCUAAGUGAGAUUUUAUGAAUGCUUUAUCAGAAUUUUUGUGAUCUAUCCUGAGUUUUAAGUCAACAGUUAUCAACAGGAAUGGUUUCCUGUGUUGAAGAACUGCUUUUUAGUUUGUGGAUGUAUAUUUUAGAUAUUCUUCCCAGCUUUGAAUGCCUGGGGAUAUCUUCCUGACAUGCAUUGCUACUCUUUAUAUUUAAUCAGGUCACAUUGGGAUCAUCAUUUUCACUUAAACUUAGUCAUUAGUUUA